AUGGCACGCUCUGCCAUUGUCCAAGAAUACGCCCCUCCCUCCUCCACGCCCACCCUCACCCUCGACCACAAGACCAUCCAUGAACGCCAACAAAAUGGGAUCGCCCGCCCCAAAGGCUACCGUGUCUCCUGGCAUGCCAACCCAGCUGUCGAGCCGCACCAUUUCGGUCAAUCGCACCCGAUGAAACCCUGGCGUCUGACUUUGACCAAACAACUCGUCAUGGCCUACGGCAUGCACCACGCGAUGGACCUGUAUCUCGCUCGCGAAGCGAGCUACGAAGAAAUGGCCGAGUUUCACAAAACAGACUACUUAGACUUCCUUCGCCAGGUCAUUCCCGGCGACAUGGAGAACCCAGAGCAAGGCGAGAAUAUUGCGCGCUUCAACUUCGGCGACGACUGCCCCAUCUUUGAUGGUCUGUACAACUACUGCUCCCUGUACGCUGGCGGCUCCAUCGACGCUGCUCGCAAGCUCUGCAACAACCAAUCCGAAAUCGCAAUCAACUGGUCCGGCGGACUUCAUCACGCCAAAAAGGCCGAGGCCAGCGGCUUCUGCUACGUAAAUGACAUCGUCCUCGGCAUCCUACAGCUCCUCCGCCUGCACCCGCGCGUCAUGUACAUCGACAUUGAUGUGCACCACGGCGACGGCGUCGAGCAAGCUUUCUGGUCCACCGAUCGCGUUCUGACCGUCUCCUUCCACAAAUAUGACAAAGACAAUUUCUUUCCAGGCACCGGCGCCCUAGACAGCACCGGACCAACCCACCCACUGAACCCAGGCGCACACCACGCCGUCAACGUCCCCCUCCACGACGGCAUUGACGACGAAUCCUACAUCCGUCUCUUCCGCGAGGUCGUCGGCUCCUGCAUCUCAACCUACCAACCCGGCGCAAUUGUCCUCCAAUGCGGCGCCGACUCCCUCGGCUGCGACCGCCUCGGCUGCUUCAACCUCAACGUCGCCGCCCACGCGCCUGCGUCGCCUACGUCAAAACCUUCGGAUACCAUCGACCCCAACAUCCCCGAAACUGUCGCCUUCCGCAACCACUUCGGCCCAGAUUAUUCGCUCUUCCCGCCACUAAGCGAGAUGCGCAAGCUCGAGAAUAAGAACCCGCGCAGCUACCUGUCUGGUCUUGUCCAGUCCAUCCACGAGCAGUUGCGGUAUAUGCAGGGCGCGCCCAGCGUGCAGAUGAGUUUUAUUCCGCCGGAUAUUCUGGGCCUGCGGGAGGAUACGGAGAAGGAGAUCGAGGAGCAGAUGGAGCAGCAGGAUGAGGCGCGGGAGGAGAACGAAGGCGGUGGGUCUGCGAGUAAGAAUAGUCGACGACGGGAGUUGGAGAGGGGUGCUGGGCAGAGAGGGGAAUUAUUCUCUGCUUGA